CUUUGGGAUCCAUGGAUUCAAAAAAGAAGUUUAGAAUAUUCGAAAUAUGAGAACCUGCUAGCUGCUUUUCUCCAACAUGUGCAAAGGCAUGCAAAAGGAAAGCUCGUUGAUGAACAAGGGCGACCUGAUAUUAAGGUCAUCGAAAGGUUAUUUUCCGAGACAGAUAAGGAUGCAAACAAAAGCAUAACCCUUGUUGAGUUGGAGAAUUUGGUUAUUGAUAUGCAAUCUGGGAAAGUUAAGGUUGACAAAAAUUAUGCUAUUUCCAAAAUAUUGGCAGUUUUUGACAGUAACAAUGACCAGAAAAUUGAUUUGGAAGAGUUUGUAGAAGGAUACAAAAAAUGGAUAGAAGAAGCUAAGAUGUUAGCUAAAAGUGAUGAUUCUACUACCAGAAGGAUUUUGAAUAAGGUUGUUCAGCAGUAUACCAAGAAACAAAGGGAUGAAAUAGCUGAAAUUGAGCAACUAAUGGCAAAAAUCUUGAAGCAUGUGGAAAGCCAAGCAUUCGAAGCUGAACACUUUCUCAAAGACGAUGGAACUCCCAACAUUGAACGUAUAAAAGAAAUCUUCCAUCAAUAUGAUACUGAUGGAAACAAUUCCAUAACACGGAACGAAUUGGAAAAAUUAAUACGUUCAGUCAAAUAUGGUGAAGUACAACUAAAUAGUGAUGAUUCAGUUACAAAGGUGAUGAAAGAUUUUGAUACAGAUCGUAAUGACAUGAUCGAUGAACCUGAGUUUGUCGAUGGAAUGACAAGAUGGAUCAACGAGGCUAUUCGUGUGACUAAUUGCAAGGACAAGAAAAAGGCCAUCGAUGAAUAUGAAAAGAUUAUGUGGGGUGAAGUCGAAAAAUUGGUGUAUGAAGUGGAAAAAGAUGGAAAGAUCAACUAUAAGUUGUUGACAUGGGCUUUUAACAAGUCUAUAUUUGAAGUGAUUUUGGGAAUUGCAAUGCUGACAUUUUGCGCAAAACCACUAGUAAAAAGUAUUGAAAAGUUGUCUGAAGCUAUUGGAACGCCUUCUUUCCUCAUCCCUUUUGUGAUAGUACCAUUGGCUCUAAAUGCAAGAAUGGCACUAGCAGCAAUCUUUCCAGCUAGUCAGAAGAGCUCAAAAACUUCUUCUUUGACAUUCUCUGAGAUAUAUGCUGGAGUGAUCAUGAACAACAUCAUGGGCAUGACAACACUAUUGGCUAUAGUGUGUGCAAAGGACUUAACUUGGGAUUAUUCAGCACAAGUGGUAAUAGCUUUGGUUGCUUGUGCAAUUAUUGGGCUGCUUGCACUAUUCAGCCCAAGAUAUCCACUUUGGACAACCCUCUUGGCAUUUUCUCUUUAUCCUUCUUGUGUCAUGCUCUUUUACUUUCUUCAAAAAUCUAUUUGAGAUAAGCAUUCAGUAUCCUUCCAAACUAUGGCCAAAAGUUGCUACGACACACUCCAACUUCAUAGGAAUUCUAUUACUCCCUUGAAAUCAAUUUAAGCAUAUUUUUGUCAUUUUUUUGUGCUAACGUGCCACCUUUAUUACAUAAAAUGGGGCCAAUGUCAAAGUUGUCACGUCGGCUAAAAAGAUUGAUAAAAGGUGUCACGUCAGCUAAAAAGGUUGACAAAAAUACGCUGAAAUUUAGUUCUGGGUAAUAGGGCCUCGUUAAGUUGGAGUGUGUCGCAGCAAAAUUGGUCAUAGCUCAAGGGAACCAGAUGCUUUACUCAAACAAUUUUUUUUGUUUUGGUUGGGACUAUUAUAUCGAGAGCCCUUUUGUGUUAGAUGAUUGUAAAUAGCGGAUAAGCUCUUAGUAUUGAAACAGAUUUUAUAAGUAAGCAGUUACGCGUUUGGAUAAUAAAAGUACUGAGUUGAUAAACAGUUGAUGUGUUCGCUUCAAAAAACAAGGGUUGAUAAGCAA